CAUUAAUGGUUCCGUAGAUUUCUAUCGCAAUUGGUCGGAAUACAAAGCCGGCUUCGGUGAUAUAGAUGGCGAGUUCUUUAUAGGGCUAGAGAAAUUACACGCAUUGACGACUGCACUACAACCCAUGGAAUUAAUGAUACAACUGCAAGAUUUCGAUGACAUUGUGAAAUAUGCCAAAUAUGAUGGAUUUCUAAUUGGUAACGAAACGGAUAAUUACAAAUUAAUAAAAGUAGGCAGCUAUUCUGGCACUGCAGGAGAUUCUUUUAGCUAUCAUCAGGGUUUUAAGUUCACUACCAAAGAUCGUGACAAUGAUAUGGCGGAUGAUAGAAAUUGUGCCAUUACAAAAAUGGGUGCAUGGUGGUAUCAAAAGUGUCUCAGGAGCAAUUUAAAUGGAAAAUAUUAUAAUAAUCCCCUACCGCCUCUGAAUGGACAAGGCAUAUGUUGGGGUGAUUUUCAUGGUUAUGAAUAUUCAAUGAAAUUCGUUCAAAUGAUGAUUCGACCUAAGAGAAUAUAAACACAAAUUCGUAAGUUAUAUUAUA